UAUUACUAUAGUAUUAUUAUUUUGGUGCAAGACUGAGAGUUCGACUCUGACCUCUUCACUUCGGGCUCUUGUAACAUGUACUUUGUAAAUUGUAGACUGUAGGCUUACACUUACAAAUUGCAGGCUACACAACACUGUAAAUUAACAGUUUUAUAAUGCCAUUAACGUCAGAAUAGAAGAAAUGAGUUGGACCAGUGUUGCAAGCUGGAGGUGGAUUGCCAAUGAUGACAACUGUGGAAUAUGUAGAAUGCCAUUUGAUGGGUGUUGCACAGACUGUAAGAUGCCGGGAGAUGACUGCCCUUUAGUGUGGGGCCAGUGUUCUCACUGUUUUCACAUCCACUGUAUCAUGAAGUGGUUGAACUCUCAACAAGUACACCAACUUUGCCCAAUGUGUCGACAAGAAUGGAAAUUUAAGGAAUGAAAAUUACUCCUACAGUGUACUGUGAUUUUACUAUAAAGGAUGAAACGUAUCAGAAAAUAACAGUUGUGGAUUUGCUGCACUUGUAUAAAUGUUUUUGCACAUCAAUGUAGAAUUUUACAAAUACUACCCUGUUUACUAUUUUGGUGUAAACUUCAGUUUAAUAAAAACACUUUGAGAAAUGUUUGGUUGAGUUAGGAAGGUUACCAAUACAUAUUAUAAAAUAUUUUUAUUGAUCUGAAGCUUUCACUGUAGUAUUGAAGAUAGUGGAAAUAUAGCAUUCUAUACGAAUGUAAAAA